GCUCACGUGAAAAAAAAAAAAAUUUGAAGGUGACAAACGAGAAGCGUUGUGGGAAAGAGAAAUCUCAAAAGUGUGCAACGUCAAAUACGAGUUGCAACAAGAAGGUGCUUUGUGUGUAACAAGCCAAGGCACGUGGUGAAGAACCUCAAGUUGAAGAAAUAUCAUCAUCAUGAAUGAUGAGACAUGGAAAAGGGAAAUAUCCAAGUGAUGACAAGCCAAGGAGAGAAGAUCAUCAAAGAGGUGUUUCUAGUGUCAGAUGUCUCAUCAAUUAUCCUCAAGGAAGAAGUAUACAGGAUAUUAAGAUCAAGCAUAAGAGUUUUUCCAUUGAGAUGGAGAAAACACAAAUGAUUUACUUGCAAGGGAAGAAGAAGUAAACAAGGUCAACUUGUGACAAACUGAGAAGGAAGCUAAGUGCAAGACCGAAACU